CCUACUUUGUGACUGGCAUUUUGUGUAUGGGCAUCGAAGAAGUCUACGUGAAAGAAAAUCCGAAAGGUCGCAAGAGUUUUUUUUUUUUUUUUUUUUUGUUUAAAUGUAAGGUUGCAAAGAGUUGGCAACCUGUUUUCUAAGACGUGAAUGUGUAAGGUCGCAGGAGUUCCUACGAUCAGGCAGGCAGGCAGAGCCAAGUAGAGUUUAGAGGUGACAGUGGGCCCCCCUCAAUUAUGCAAAAAUUAUUUAACAAGUUGGAAAGCUUUACAAACAUUUAUAAGUUUUUCUUACAAUUGUUUUCCCUCAAUUUUAAAACGUACUCUUCUGGCUUGUAGAGAUUAGAGUGGGCCGCUGACCCCCUCAGUUUUGCCAAAAAUGAUUGAACAAGUUUGCAAGCUUUACGAACUUUUGAAGUUUUUCCUGAACAAGUUAAUUAAUUGUCUUCCCUCAAUUUCAAGAGGUACUAUUUAUUCUCUCUUAGUAUUGCCCUCUUAAAUUUUUAAAAAGUUUGGUUUCUUCUCAUAUUACUUUCCUAAAUAACCACUCCUAUAUUACUACAAUUCUUUAAGAGCUACUAAACUACUACAAAACUCGAGACUACCCAAAAUAAUAAAAAAUAAAAAGUUUGAAACCCGAUGUACACAUUAAUAAUUUUUUUAAGGGGGGGCCGGGAAAAAAAAAAAGAAAAAAAAAGCCUACUGGUACUGGACCGCUAAAAAUGGGGACCCCAGUUGCUGUAUGUAUUGGUCUGGUAUGCAUACAUCGAGGGUAUGGUAUGGCCACAUGCUUUUCAUAAACCUCCAGCCAGCGACAAUCCAUGGAGAUGGAGGUCAAAGAGGAGCAAGGAAAAUAGCUCAGUCUUGAAAAAGAAAUGGAUUCACACACCCAAAUAAAACUACUACUAGCCUGAGUUAGAGUUAGAAAUAGAAUAGAGCAAGAAAUGGAUCCGGAGAUAUGGAGCAGGUUGCCGGAAGACAUCCUGGAGCGGGUCCUCUCAUUUCUUCCAUUGAAAACGUUCUUGAGCCUCAGAUCAACCUGCAAACACUUCAAGUCCCUCCUUUUCUCUCCUUCCUUCAUUUCUAAACACUCUCCUGCUUCUCCUACUUCUUCUUCUUCACCUUUCUCUUCUUUUCUCUUACUUUCACACCAUCAGUUUAGUUGCAAAUGUCCUCUCUAUGAUACUGUCCAGAACGCUUGGCGCAAUUUGCCUCUUUCCUACUCUCCCACGGUCUCACCUGCGCAGUCCUGUUCCCUUUUAUCCGUCUCCCAUGGCCGCCUUUGCUUCUCUCAUCCCAGCUCCUCCUCUUUUAUAGUCUGCAACCUCUUGUCAAGAUCUUCAAGAGUUGUCAAGUACCCCAAAUUUCCCUGUAGCUUCGAGUCCUUGACUUUGGUUUCUACGUCAACUGGUUACAAGCUAUUGAUGAUGUCUUCUUCUGGAUCAUCAAAUACUGCUUUUGUUUACGACUCUGGCAUCCACCUCUGGCAGCAGUUCCAGGGGAUCAACCUGAUUUUAAACAAUCAAGGGGGAGUAUUCCAUGAAGGGAAAUUGUACUUUAUCACCACCGAGCCUUUCCACAUCUUAUGCUUUGAUCUGGAGACUGGGAGCUGGGAGAGAUCUCCGAUUCAAUUGCCAAAUCAGCUUGCCUUUGCCAGGUUAGUCAGUGAUGGGGAUAGGAAAUUGUACCUGAUUGGGGGGAUUGGGAGUGAUGGGAUUUCAAGGAGUUUGAAGUUAUGGGAGUUGAGCGGAGAUGGAGAAAAUUGGGCUGAAGUCGAAAGGCUGCCGGAAAUGAUGGUGAAAAAAUUUCUAUCAGUUUGCUACCACAAGUAUGAGCAUGUUUAUUGCUUUUGGCACGAGGGACUUCUCUGCGUUUGCUGCUACACUUGGCCUGAGGUUUUGUAUUACAAGGUUUCUAGGAAGACCUGGCACUGGCUUCCCAAAUGCCCUCUGUUAACUGAGAAAUGGAGCUGCGGUUUCAAGUGGUUUUCCUUCGUUCCACAGCUAUACUCAUUUGCAUGAUCAUUCCGCUUUGGAAUAUUAAAGUUAGAGAGAUUCUAGUGAUCAAUUUUUAUUCUGCGAUGUUUUAUGAAAUUCUACAACAGUUCUAUUUCUUUCUUUGGUUGUAUCCUGGAUGAAUAUACUACUACUUGUUUUUGCAUUUUC